AUGCAGAUCAAAAGGGCCGAGUUCCUGGUCAGAACAGUGUCGGACCGAAGAGAGCUGUCUGCCAGCCGCAACGAGAGACUCAGUCGCAACAUGGAGCAGGAGCAGAUCAUCAUGCUCAUCGUGACUGUCGUGGCCUUGGUCUACCUCCCAGCAACCUUUGUCUCGACGUUCUUCAGUACCGAUGUCAUCAAGUACCAGGACUCUGAUAACCCUGACGGGACAUUCUCCAAGACGGCCAUGAGCCGGUGGGUUCAGGUCACAGUGCCGCUUACCUUGUUGACGGGCGCAUUUGCCUGGUUCGCGAGGAAAUGGAUGCAGGAUCAGCGGGAAGGCGACGAGAUGCAGCCGAAGCAUCGCUCCUUGAGAUGGCAUUCUGGUGUGAAGCGUACACUCCUACCGCUUUAUGAGAAGCCGUAA